AUGACCCACGCAUCGGAAAGUGAAAAGCAGAUCUCGGAGAGUUCGAGCAACGACGAUGGAUCAAGGUCAAGAGACCAGCUCGAUGUGGCGGACAUGGAGAAGACUAUGCUAGGCCAGACACCCUUCCCAACACAAUUACCAGUAGAGCCUGCGCCGCCUUUACAACGACUCGACUCCAAGCCGGCCAAGCAAAAGGCUGCUCAGGUAGCAGAGGAGAAAGAGCAAGAUCCGCUAGCGCAUCUACCAGAAUAUGAGGCGGCCAUCAUACGGAGACAGCUCGAGAUACCGCCAGUCAAGCUCACGUACUUCAGCUUGUACCGCUACGCUACACGGAACGAUCUGAUCAUUAUGACUGUCAGCGGUAUUGCUGCCAUCGUAGGCGGUGCUGCCAUGCCACUCAUGACCAUCAUCUUCGGCUCUCUCGCUGGCACAUUCCAAGGCUUCUUCCAUGGAGGUAGUAGCGCUAGUUCUUUCUCUGGUGUUGUUAACCAUCUAGUCCUAUACUUCGUCUAUCUGGCCAUUGCAGAAUUUGUGACCAUAUACACAGCCACGGUUGGCUUCAUAUAUGUUGGCGAGCAUAUUUCGGCCAAGAUCCGCGAGCAGUACCUUGCUAGUAUAUUACGACAGAACAUUGGAUAUUUCGAUAAGCUUGGAGCCGGUGAGAUUACGACCAGGAUUACUGCCGACACAAAUCUUGUCCAGGAUGGCAUUUCAGAGAAGGUUGGCUUGACUUUGACUGCCGUGGCCACGUUCAUAACUGCAUAUGUCAUCGGAUACAUCAAGUAUUGGAAGCUCACACUCAUUUUGACCUCGAGCAUCGUGGCGAUUUUCCUUACCAUGGGUGGGCUUGGACGCUCCAUCGUCAAAUACAACAAGCGAUCUCUUGCAUCGUAUGCUGAAGGUGGUACGGUCGCGGAGGAAGUCAUCAGCUCGAUCCGCAACGCUACUGCUUUCGGGACACAGGACAAGCUCGCGCGCGAGUACGACGUCCACCUUGCCGAGGCUGAGAAGUCGGGUUACAAGAUGAAGGCAAUCACUGGCUCUAUGAUCGGCUUCCUGAUGUGCUACGUCUAUCUGACAUAUGCCUUGUCGUUCUGGCAAGGAAGCAGAUAUCUGGUUGCUGGCAAGAUGACGCUUUCGGAUGUUCUCACCAUCCUUCUCUCUAUCAUGAUAGGCUCGUUCGCCCUUGGCAACGUAGCUCCGAAUGUGCAGGCCUUUACCACAGCUGUCGCUGCUGCGAACAAGAUCUACGCGACGAUCGACCGCAAGUCUCCACUAGACCCCGAGUCCGAGGAGGGCACUCAGCUCAAAGACGUCCAAGGCUCGAUCGAGCUGCGCAACAUCAGACAUAUCUAUCCUUCUCGUCCGGAAGUCGUGGUGAUGGAGGAGGUGAAUCUCCUUGUACCCGCGGGCAAGACGACCGCACUGGUUGGCGCUUCGGGCUCUGGAAAGUCCACUAUCGUGGGUCUGGUUGAACGAUUCUACGACCCCGUUGGUGGAGACGUUCUGUUGGAUGGUCACAACAUCCAGAGUCUCAAUCUGCGAUGGCUUCGCCAGAAUGUAAGCCUGGUGUCUCAGGAGCCUACUCUGUUCGCUACUACCAUUUUUGGCAACAUCAAGCAUGGCUUGAUUGGCACUGAGCAUGAACAUUUGGCUCACGACCAGGUCAGGAAGCUGGUUGAAGAUGCCGCACAGCAGGCUAAUGCUCAUGACUUCAUUGCUCAAUUGCCGGAAGGCUACGAGACCAAUGUCGGCGAACGUGGAUUCCUUUUAUCCGGUGGGCAGAAGCAGCGUAUUGCUAUCGCUAGAGCAAUGGUCAGCGAUCCCAAGAUUCUUCUGCUGGAUGAGGCAACAUCAGCCCUCGAUACGAAGAGCGAGGGUGUGGUACAAGCUGCGCUGGACAAGGCUGCUCAGGGUCGGACGACUAUUGUCAUCGCCCAUCGUCUCAGCACCAUCAAGCACGCAGACAACAUUGUUGUUAUGUCGCAGGGUCGCAUCAUCGAGCAAGGGACGCAUGACGCUCUGCUCGAGCGCCGAGCAGCAUAUUACAAUCUCGUGGAAGCACAACGCAUUGCAGCGCAGACACAAGCCAAGGACGAAGAAGAAGUACCCAUUCUCGAUGAGAAGGACGGCAACCUGACUGCACGCACGCCAGCUACUGAAGAGGCUGAAUUCGAGUACGAAGCGGAUUCGAAUGAUCUCGAGCUCGGUCGCACUAGAACUCAGCAAUCAGCAUCCAGUAAGGUGCUAGCCGGCAAGGAGAAGUCGAAUGAGGCAAAGUAUACUCUGUGGCAGCUCAUCCUGCUGGUUGCAUCUUUCAACAAGAAAGAAUGGGUAUACAUGCUCAUCGGCCUAUUUUCCAGCAUCAUCAACGGUGCCGGUAAUCCAGUCCAAUCGGUCUUCUUCGCCAAGGCCAUCACAGCUCUUGCUCUACCAGUACCGCAAUACGCUGCUGAGCUUCGAUCACAAGUCAACUUCUGGAGCUGGAUGUAUUUUAUGCUGGCUAUUGUACAGGUUAUCUUCUUCCUUACUCAGGGUUUCGCUUUUGCAUACUGCUCUGAAAGACUGGUUCAUCGUACCCGCGACCAGAGUUUCCGGACCAUGCUGCGGCAGGAUAUCCAGUUCUUCGACCGCGAGGAGAAUACUGCUGGUGCUUUGACGUCUUUCCUCAGUACUGAGACGACACAUUUGGCUGGUAUGAGUGGUGUUACUCUCGGAACACUACUACAAGUCAUUACUACUCUAGUCGUCUGCUUCGUCAUCUCUCUUGCCGUUGGAUGGAAGCUGGCUCUGGUUUGCAUAGCUACUGUGCCCAUUGUGCUGGGCUGUGGCUUCUUCCGCUUCUGGAUGCUCGCCCGCUUCCAGCAGCGUGCCAAGAAAGCUUACGAGAAGAGUGCCUCGUAUGCUUGCGAGGCCACCAGUGCCAUCAGGACUGUUGCUAGCUUGACCAGGGAGAUUGAUGUGUGGCAGAACUACCACGACCAGCUUGUCGAUCAGCAAGCCAGGUCGUUGAUCAGCAUCUUGCAAUCAAGCGGUCUCUAUGCCGCUAGCCAGAGUUUUAUGUUCCUCUGUAUUGCCCUUGGAUUCUGGUAUGGCGGCACAUUGAUUGCGCGUGGCGAGUACAACAUGUUCCAAUUCUUCCUCUGCUUCUCUGCGGUCAUCUUCGGCUCACAAUCGGCGGGUACAAUCUUCUCCUUUGCGCCGGACAUGGGCAAGGCCAAGCACGCUGCCGCCGAACUCAAGACUCUGUUCGAUCUCAAGCCUGAAAUUGACAGCUGGAGCCCUGAUGGCGAGGAGCUUUCGACUAUGGAAGGUGCGAUUGAGUUCCGUGACGUGCAUUUCCGGUAUCCUACGAGACCAGAGCAGCCUGUGCUCCGUGGCCUCAACCUGACUGUCAAGCCUGGACAGUAUGUUGCUCUUGUCGGUGCUUCAGGAUGUGGUAAGAGCACGACUAUUGCCAUGCUGGAGCGCUUCUACGACCCCCUGGUUGGUGGCAUCUAUGUCGAUGGCAAGGAGAUCAGCAGUCUCAACAUCAACAAUUACAGGAACUUCUUGGCACUCGUGUCGCAAGAGCCUACCUUGUACCAAGGUACUAUUAGAGACAACAUCUUACUUGGUGCGGACAAGGCACCCGAGGACGUACCGGAAGAGGCCAUUGUUCAAGCCUGCAAAGACGCCAAUAUCUACGACUUCAUCCUUUCACUUCCUGAUGCAUUCAACACCAUCGUAGGAAGCAAGGGUAGCAUGUUGUCAGGUGGUCAGAAACAACGAGUAGCCAUCGCCCGAGCUCUGCUUCGCGACCCAAAGAUCCUGUUACUCGAUGAAGCAACCAGUGCGCUGGACUCGGAAUCUGAGAAGGUGGUGCAAGCGGCUCUCGAUGCCGCCGCCAAAGGCCGCACCACGAUCGCCGUGGCGCAUAGAUUGUCUACCAUCCAGAAAGCCGAUAUGAUAUACGUGUUCGACCAAGGCAAGAUCGUGGAGAACGGAACACAUAAUGAGCUUAUUGCGAGAGGCGGACGGUACUUUGAGCUUGUCAACUUGCAGAGCUUGGGUAAGAAUCAGUAG